UUAUUAAUAUGUUCCGUGUUUUUUUCUGUUUCCAAGGAUCAUAUGAUGAUGCUAGCCCAACGAGGCUCCUCGGCAAAUAAAAACUCUGAGCAGAUGCCCGCGAUAAUGCGUAACUCCCAAGUGUAUACCCGUUCCCACACGACCGGUCCCACUUCAGUAAACAGUGGCGAUCGAAUGACAACCUCCUUUACCGUUGCAUUCGGGAGUUCGUCGCCGCGUUCAAUCUGUACGAAAGCUAAUGAGGCAAUUUUGCGUUCACAGGCUGCUUUCGAAGCACGCCUAGCUAGUUACCUCAAUGGUAGACAUAGCGGUUGCUUCCUCACUCAAUCUUCAGCUUACACCAACUAUGCGCUCUACGUUAAACCUGAUCUCUUACCCGAAAACCAUCCCAUUCGCAGGCAUCUCCAUGAAGGUCAUCACCAUGUGAGCACCCCCAGGCGGGCCGCUUCUGCUAAUCCAACUGUUCAUACUGCCGCCAUCAAGAAACCGACUCUAAUUAGUGGUGCUGUUAUAUGUUUUUCCUCACUUUUCGAAAUUCGCUAUUUAUUUCUUCAUUGUCGUAAAGUGGGUGAAAGGGGACUACGAGAUGGAAGUGACACCCGUCAGGCACCACAGGCGAAACAUCGCUCAAGGCCAACAGUUCGACUUCCACCACCUGGUAAUAUUGAUAAUACAGAGGCAGCAGCAGCAGCAACAGCUAACUUGCCACAACCAACCCGAAGGGCCGCAAGCUCUCAGCACUUUGCUGAACCUACAAUCGCUUUUGCGAGUAAAGUUAAGGGCGCUCUUCCUCCUGAGAUUUCACGAAAAAUAAGCGGGGAUGUAACUCCACCAAAGCGAAGGCCUGUUCCAGGACGUUCUACUAUACCUCGCGGGCGGUGCAACAGUUAUGCUGCUCCCACCACUGCGUGGACAAAUCGUCAGAGGGCAAAUUCUCAGGAUCGGAAAACAUCAGCACCUUCAGCUGCAGGAAGUGAUAAUCGAAUGACAACCUCUGUUAUUCUUCCACGUCGAAAGCCCACUAUGCCAGCUUCCACGAUGAAGCCAACGCGAGGUGAAGGAGAUGAGGCACGGGGUCGUGCCAAAUUAAAAGAACAAAUGAAGCAAAGCACUACACCUGUCCAACCACCGCAGCAUAAGACCCAACCUCCUCGGACUGCUCCAUUGAAAGCAAUUCCGGCUAAAAAGACCGCUGCCAAUAAAUCUUCGAAUGAACCAAUCAAGCCUAAUACCUCAGAAUGUCUUGCUCCGACCAAUGUGAAAUCAAAACCUAUUGCACCUCGGAAAGCCAAUGAUUUUGAAUCAGUACCUGAAACUCCAAAAUCAGUUGCUAAGCCAAAUCCAGCACAUCCAACUUCAACUAUAAAGCGGCCUCCGACAGCCCUCACACCGGAGCCUCAGGAGAUCUAUGGCGAAUCUUCAACAGAACCCAUAUCAUCUUCCCAACCGCCCAGUCUUGUCACAGAACUUCAGGAAUUCUAUACUCCAGCACCACCAAAUGAGUCGGCUGCUAAAGAGCAUCUUGCAAGACCAAUUACCCCAUCUCCACCUCCUCCCGAUAGUCCUCCACCAGACCAAUUUAAUGAAGACACUGGUGAAAUAAUUCAACAGCGGCAGACAGAGGAAGAAGAGGAACCUGUUCAAGAGCCACCUGCAGCUUUUGCAGAUCAUGAAGAAGCUCCUGAAGCUAUAGCAGAAGAAAAUAGCGAAGGAAUUUUAACGGAAGGAGAGCAACAUCUCGCCAAUGCCCCCAAUCACGGACAGUUUGAAGAAACUCCUAUAUCUGAAUCAAAACCAGAAGAGGUGGAGGUACAACAUGGCCGCCACCAAGCGAUCCAGGAAGGGGAUGAACGACAAAUGGGUACUCACAAUUUCGAUAACCUGGAUAGUGCUCAAACUGGAAUUAAUCAUGAACCACCACCACAUUCGAGUUAUUUCUCAACUAAAUCUCAUGAGGUCGAGGAGAAGACUGCAAGGUUGCCUGCUGAGUUGUUGAGCAAACCUCUGGUUGCUUCUACAACAGGGUCUGGGGAAGGUGGAAGUCUAACUGAAGAGGAAGCAGCAAUCUAUCGGGCUAAGAUGGCUGAGCAGAGGCGUCUCGCAAAAGAGCGUUUGGCGGAACAACAGCGACUUGAGGCGGAGGCCGAGAAAGAGCGCAAAGCGAAACGUGAAGCCGAUCGCCAAGCAGCUAUCGAAGCAGCUCGAGAGAAAGCCAUCGAGGAGGCUCGUUUGGCUGCUGAAGUUAGAAUGGCCAGAGAAGCUGCUGAAGAACAAGCUCGCCUUGAAGCUGAACGCAAAGCCCAGGAACGAGCCGAUAGAGAUCGACAAGCUGUAAGCUGGUCAAAAGCCGUGGCGGAUUUGUCUGAAAGUGAGGUGGAAAAGUUGGAGGCCAUGAUGCGCGAGCGUUCAGAGCGAAUUCGCAAAUCGGAGGAGGAGAGGGAAAUGAGACGAAAGCGCUUGGAGAGCAUCAUGUCUCGGGUGAAUCGCAGUGAUCGUUCACUCAGUCGGGGUGUUACCAACUCCGGUAGUACAAACAGUCUUACGAGUAGUGUGACAGGUGCCGCCAGCACCAAUGGACUUGACGAUGAUGGCCCCAGGAGUGGUGCUACUGUCAACUUCUCUCUUGGUUCUCAUAACGUAAGUUAG